GUGAGGAGGGCGGGCGAGGUUUUAAGGCGACAAAGAGACUCUACUUAUACCUUUUCGCUCGGUGCUUUUCUUGUUAGCGGCGCGGCAUCGAGGGCAUGCGACGACAAUCGGAAGCCACUUCUUAUCCCCUUCUACGCCUCGAGGGCGUGUUUGCUUAACCCGGGCCGCCGCAGACAAGAAGGUAACACGGCGCUUAUGACGAACCGUCUUCACAAAGCGGCACUUUGGGACGGUACCGCGUCCGCGCUCCACCUAUCACACUGCCAAACGUUCCGCCGCGCAAUCAUCGACGCCGUGGCAAUCACUUCCGGUUGCAGGAACAACGGCUCCACGUUCGUGAUGGGUUGUGUGCAUUCACGACGAGCGCCGAAAAUCCGAAUCUCAAUGCAAUGGUUCAGCACUACGUCGACGACAGAAGGAUGUCAUACAACACUGGUGAUCGAUUUAGGACAAUGUUUGGAAGUUGUUUUCCAGUGGCCAGCUCGGCAGUGCCGACCAGCUACUUGUAUGAGCAGACUCACUCAAAGCGACAACUGGUGUAGCCAUCUCCAUCAAGUCUUUGCUCUUGCGUGGUACAGCUUGCGCGGUGAGAGGCGAGUCGAGCGUAGCCUCGAGUCUGCUCUCGCAAUCGCACGUUCGGGGGAACAAAGUAUACCACAAUCGAGAUCAAGUCGAUCAGCUGGUAAAGGGUGCAGAGCGAUGGAUGAGACAAGCGCACAUGAGCAUCAUUCGCCAUCCAAACUCCGCCGGGCUACUCAUGCACCCUGGAAUCUAUCGAUGCUGUUGAACGCAAUGAAUGCUAUCGCGGCUUACCCAGAGAGCGAUUGCUGACCCGCCGCUUUAAAACGAGAUUGGCACCCCAGGCAAGGAGACGUUCAAGGUCUGCAUUCGAUACACGUCACUCGGACCGUCCUCGACAUGUAACAUCUUGUGGAUGCAAUUGGUCGCUUGAGACCGCAGGGGGCAUCAAGAACAGAGAACAUUGAAUUCUACAAUAUCCUCGCCAAAUGUGAUCGCACCGCUCUUACCCCUCUACCACUGUCUCAACAGUACACGGGAACAUGCGAACACGGAGCAGGCCCAAGGCAGCACUCGGUAAAUGACCAGUCUUUCGAUAAAUGCUGCACAGCCAACGGAUGUUGGUCACUUUGGCUGCGAUCCACCACAGCCAAGGUCGGGGACACGCGUCAGCAGGAUAAAAGUCGAGCUCUGCAUGUACUCGGCGAUGCUUCUCGCGAGAACAUAGACUCUGCACGCACCCGUUCUGACAAUAGACGGGCUUGUCGUAGUUCAUCAUCGUGCCCGACGCUGCUGUGCACGCUUGGGUGUAAGCGGUCCACUGGGCGCUGGGGUCUAGACCGGCGGGGUGACUGAGUACCUCUGCAGGCAUGCAUGCGGGAUCGACAUCAGGUUCACAAUGACACGAUUCGACUCGACGGCCUCCGUGGACCUCGUCAAAACUUACUGUAAGGGCGUACAAUCAUUAUCUCGUUGUCCGCAGCGACGCGCGCGAGGAUGACUGACAGCACGGCAGCGUGCAGAACGUGUGGCACUCGAAGCAUGAUUGAGCGAGGGAGGAGUAGCGCCUGCUUGAGAAGAGAGAUCGAGCGACCGAGGGAGAUGGGAGCACGGAGUUCUUUGCGCCGCUCGUUAAGAGGUUUAUAUGCGCAAGUACCGCGUGCAGCGCGAGGUGAGAGACACUGCUUGGCUUUGUCAGCAUUUAGCCCUUGGCCAGUCCAGUACGGGCAAGCACAAAGCAACGGAAAUUUCGGGGGCGAAACUACGAUCUUGCACGGGUCUGCGCCGGAGUACAAGCCCAACAAAGCCUCAUAAUCUCCAUGCGCCACACUGCGAACUUUUGAUGAGCGUCCGGUCCGCGGGUGGCCUUUGUGCGACAGAUUGGCAAGGCACGGAAACGUUCCACAAGGCGGCAUCAUCGGGAACGGGUUGGAAUUGGCUACGACUGCUUCAAUGCUUCCGACGGGGCCGCGACGAUCGGCAGCCCUUUCGAAAGCACGAGCGACGGCUUAUGCCAGCCGCACAUUGGCUGACUGCACUCUACCACCUCAGCGCAGUGCACAGCGCUGCCGAACCGCUUUGUAUUUGCGCUUAACAUGUGUGCUUUUCGGGUGCGAGCGCCUCACCCGUCUUCGGCCCAAUGAAGACGUCCUCUCGAUCAAUCACAACGCCCAGAGUCUACUUUGCCGCUCUUGGUCGUGCAAAAGAUGGCGCGCAGUGAUCGCUUCCGCCUCAUCCGUGUUCUUUGUAGCCCACUUAAUCUACCAGCAG